AUGUCGUCCACCCAGCGUGCAUUCGCCUCGAAAUUAACGAAGCACAAUUCCUCGGAUAUACGGAAGAACGUAGCAAAUUACCAACUAUUAUCCAAAAGUGAUAGCAGUUCCGUUUGUUCUUCGUCUAUUUCGUUGUGCGAUCUCGUGGAACCGAUCGACUAUGAGGAGUUUUUAUCUCAACAUAGCAACCUGUUGCAAAAAGACCAUCUUAGAUCCAUUCUGGAUUUUCCUCCCGGAGAUGUGCAGGUGAAGAUAGUGCAACGAAAAAUACGCACCGUCGAACAUGUGAUUCCUAAGGAACCCUUAGACGAAUUGCCUCUCUAUGUGCAACACUGUGUAGACUGUUUUACUCGCCCAUGGAAAGUAGUGGAAUUUUCCGCUCGACACCAUUCUAGCUCGUGUAAUGCACGUGAACGCAAGGAUAAAGAUGCCCUAAGUCCCACAACGUUCCAACAAGAAUUUGAAAUUGAUCGAGAUUUCAGUACAUUGAUAUCAUUGGAUGAAUCAGUUACCUCUACUACUCUCUAUGCCAGCGAAAGUUGCACCCCGAGUAGCCGCCAGUCCAUUGCAAGUCUCUCUUCAGUGUCUACUUGUACAGAUACUCUCACUCCGCGCGGUUCUUGGGCAUCGUUCGAUCUUAGAAGCUCAGUAAAUGACCCUCUCAUUACGGGUGUUUUAGAAAGAGUACCACCGGAAAGCGUAGAUCAAAGUAAUGAAACCAAACGGCAAGAAGAACGCCAACCAGCGCUGUUCGGUUUGUAUGCGGAUGGCGAACUGGAGGAGGCCGUUGAGAAACGUUUACCGGCCGAAAUGCCGGUGGAACAUUUGGGUAACCGGAUCCAUGUAAAAUGUCUACAUCUAAAAUUAGAACUUGAAGUUGAGCCUAUUUUCGCUUCAAUGGCUAUAUAUGACGCUAAGGAAAAGAAGAAACUAUCGGAAAAUUUCUAUUUUGAUAUGAACUCUGAAUCAUUGCGGCGGAUGCUAGUGAACCAUGUGCCAUUCGCCGAUAUUAGCACGCAAGCUCGAGAAGCCAUCUUUGACAUCACAAAUCCGAGCAACGAACUCUACCUAGUGAUAAGGCUAGAAAAAGUGCUACAAGGAGAUAUUAAAGAUUCGGUAGAGCCGUACCUCAAGGACGACAAGGACAAGUAUAAAGAUAAAGCGAAGUCGAAUGCGUCAGAUUACUGUGAACGUCUCGGAAAGUAUCGUAUGCCCUUUGCAUGGACGGGAAUAUGCUUAACCAGUAUCUUUAACGGCGACAGCAUGGAAAAAGAUGAUCGCGAAAGCAUCGGCUCGGCUUCAAGCUCAAACAGUUUAGAUCGCAAAUCUUCCACCAGUAGCUUUGAUCAAUUCCGUAAGAGAGCGACCGAUAUGGGAACUCUCACGCGUCGUGGCUCGCUGGAGAGAAAGAUGGAAAAACGUCGAUCAUGGUCGCCGGAUGAUUUUGCCAACAGCAUUGAAACGUUCCGGCCGAUCACCAUUACGGUAGCUAGCUUUUUCAAACAAGAGUCUGAUAAAAUGAAGGAUGAAGAGUUGUUUAAGUUCCUACCGGAAUUGAAACGACCAGCGGCACUAAUGAAAAAACACAAAUGCAUACCAGGGUCGAUAAAGGUAGAGAUAUCCCCUGCUCCGGAAGAGCUCAAAUAUGCGUUGACACCGGAACUAGCCAAAAUUGACGCUUAUCCUGAUGAUCAUUCGCGACCAGUGAAGGAAAUUUUGGAGUUUCCAUCGACACCGAUACUAAAUCCACAUUACGCAUACCGGAAUUUACUCUUCGUAUCACCUAAAGAGCUUAAUUUCUCUACCCGUGCAGGGUCGGCUCGGAAUAUAGCGGUACGUGUACAGCUAAUGGCUGGCGAAAAUCAAAACGAUGCUCUCCCUGCUAUAUUCGGUAAGAGCUCCUGUUCCGAGUUCAGUACGGAGGCGUACAGUGCCGUCAACUAUCACAAUAAACAGCCAACGUUUUACGAUGAGAUCAAACUCGAAUUGCCAGCUAAUUUGAAGCAAAAUCAUCACAUCCUUUUCACAUUAUUUCACGUUUCCUGCCAGAAAAAGGAAAAGCAAGAAAUGCAGACCACAGUGGAAACGCCUGUUGGUUACACUUGGCUACCGGUACUGAAAGACGGUGGUCAUCUUAAUGUCGGCGAAUUCAAUCUUCCCGUAAUGGUCGAAGAACCUCCGAGUAACUAUUCAUUUAUUCCACCGGACGUACAGCUACCCGGAACCAAGUGGUUGGACAACCACCGUCAGGUGUUUUCUGUAACAAUUGAUGCCGUUACCUCGGUACACGCAAUAGAUGACUUUUUAGAUAAAUUUAUUUAUCUGUGCGAGUGUCUUGAAAUGCGCAAAGUGCCGCCACGUAUAGGUGAGGGCAAUAUGGAGAAGGAGUUCAGAAAAACGCUUCGUGAAUUGCAGAGUGCUGAUCAAGAACAGCUAGUAAAAAAUUUGCAAGUAAUUCUGGACAAGCUGAUAGAGCUGUUGGUUACGAGCUAUAAAAUUGGUGGAGAAAUACUGUCAAUCGGGCAAACGGUGUUUGAGACUAUUUGCCAGAUAUCGGAUAAAAUUUUUUUCCUUCAGCCAGAGGAGCGGUAUGGGCGACAAAAUAUACUUAGUACUUACAUUCAAUAUCAAUGUAAGAUACCGCAUCCAAUGGAUCCAAAAUGUAAAUUGGGAUCGCUUCAAAUUCCUAACAGACGACCAGCGUCGGCCGAGGGCAUGAACCGCAGCACAAGCAAUCCCGAUCUUAUGGAGGCCCUGAACACGAGUCGUACAGUUGACCGCGCUCUAAGUAUGCGAUCCGAUGGAUGUUCUCCUGGAUCGGGAACUAAAGAUGGACUAGUGAGACUACUGCACGAAGAAAUCGCCCUAAACUGGGUAGUUGCCAGUAGCUCCGCAGCUGAACUGUCGAUGACUAACUCAUGGAUGUUGUUUGAACUGAUCGUCAAAAGCAUGAUCGAGCAUUUGGAGCUAACAAAUGCGCUAACGUCACCCCGCAAAAACCGCUUUCCCCAUCAGUACACAGAUGACAUAGCCACGUUAGUGCACCUGGUUACUACUAAAGUGGUUGGAUAUAAUAGCAGCGAUCCCAAGCUUGCCCAAUCGAUAAAUUCCAGCUUGGCCUUCUUCAUUUUUGAUCUGCUCAGCAUUAUGGAUCGAGGAUUUGUAUACGGAUUGAUCAGAACGUACUACAAGGUGAUCAUGACCAAGAGCUCUUCAACCCCGGAUAUGAUACACUAUAAGCUCGACUUUUUGCGCAUAGUGUGCAGCCAUGAGCAUUUUGUCGCAUUGAAUCUCCCGUUUGGAACACCGUACACCGUUCUGUCUGCACCCUGUAGUCCAACUCCAAGCGUCACUUCGAAUAACAGUCAAAACUCGUACGUAAGCGUCAUGACAGGUAACGAUCGUGCCUUGUACGCGGAUCUGAGCGUGGAAUUCCGUCAGCAACAUUUCCUCGUGGGUCUGGUUCUGCAGGAACUAUCAAACGUGUUGGAUAUUUCGAACACACAGCUUCAUGGAAAAGCUAUUCGUUGCCUUCGGAAUUUACUUACUUCGCAUGAUCUGGAUCCACGUUACAGUGAUGUGGAUGCGAGGGCACGCGUCGCAGCUCUCUAUAUUCCCUUGCUGGGAAUCGUUAUGGACGUGAUACCACAACUACACACACCUGUGUCGCAGUCACAUGAUCGAUUGAAUACUAUCGGUCAUCUAGAUGAUUACCAGGGUCCAGCCACCUCAGUUCCCGCUUCCAGCACCAUAAGUCCUGAAGUGGCUUUUGCUAUUUCAGGAAUACGUCGUUAUAGCUACGUCUCUGAAACACCGAAACCAAAAACCGCACUAACAAACGACAGCCGAAACCUGUUGGCAUGCUUUCUGUGGGUGUUGAAAAAUCUUGAGCCAAGCACGUUGGUAAAGUACACAAUGGGACUAAGUCCGCAUCGUGUACACCAAAUGCUGCAAGUAUUAAAUAUCUGCAUACCGAAUUUCGAAUACCGUGGCAAAAAGCAACCUCCCAGUACAUCAAAGCGAAAUACGUCGAGCUUCCGCAAAACCCCAGAUAUGCGGGAAAAAUUAGAAGAGUACAUCCGUGGCACCGGUUCGGCAAGAAAUGACCUCAUCAACCGGCGCAAGGAUGGCCGUAACUCGACGGAAAAACUUCGCUGGAAAAAAGAUCAAAUACGGACGCAGUUUUAUGAUAGCAAUAUUAAAAACGAAGCAGAGCUGGAAAUGAGCAAUUUCAUAGAAGGUUCACUUGCUACCGAAGUGUGUUUGAUCGUCUUGGACACACUAGAGAUGAUUGUUCAGGUGGCUUCAUCUUCCGAAGUUCAUCACAAUCUGCUUGGAACCGUCUUGAAGGUUUUGUUGCAUGCUUUAUCGCGUAAUCAGAGCACACUGGCGUUACAAAAUUUGUUUGCGUCACAACGCUCGCUGGUGUUCAAGUAUCAUAAUCUGCUCUUCGACGAAGAAACGGACAACUGUGCCGAUCUAUGUUUGCUGCUGCUGAAACAUUGCGGUUCACAGCUGCCCAACGUGAGGUCCCAAGCAGCGGCUUCGUUGUAUUUACUGAUGAGGCAAAACUUUGAAAUUGGGAAUAAUUUUGCGCGCGUCAAAAUGCAGGUUACGAUGUCACUUAGUUCGUUAGUGGGCACCAGCUCAUCGUUUAGUGAACAAUCACUUCGCCGGGCGUUAAAAACGAUUCUUGUUUACGCUGAAUCCGAUACCGAUCUGCAGGAAACAUCAUUUCCUGAGCAGGUGCAAGACCUGCUGUUCAAUCUGCACAUGAUUCUCUCUGACACCGUAAAAAUGAAGGAAUAUCAAGAAGAUCCCGAAAUGUUACUUGAUCUCAUGAACCGCAUUGCAAAGGGGUAUCAGAACUCACCGGAUCUCCGAUUAACUUGGUUAGAAAACAUGGCCAAAAAACACACUGAGCGUUCCAAUCACACCGAAGCUGCAAUGUGUUACGUUCAUAGUGCGGCCCUUGUAGCCGAGUAUCUUAGCAUGCUGGAAUCACAAACUCAUUUACCAGUGGGGGCUGUUUCGUUCAAGCAUAUUUCACCGAAUGCUCUCAUAGAAUCGGCCGUCUCGGAUGAUGUGGUGAGUCCCGGUGAAGAUGGUAUAUGUCUUGGAAACAGUUUCACCGAGGGCGGCUUAAAGCAGCUGCUCGAUCAUGCGGCUAGUGCAUUCCAAGCAGCUGGUAUGUACGAAGCCAUGAACGAUGUGUACAAAGUGCUCAUUCCCAUAUGUGAGGCAAACCGCGACUUUCGAAAACUUGCCCAAAUUCACGGCAAACUGCUGGAAGCGUUCAAUCGAAUUGCUCAGCUACAGGGUAAACGUGUUUUUGGGACGUAUUUUCGCGUUGGCUUCUACGGCGCGAAGUUCGGAGAUCUUGAUCAGCAGGAGUUCAUCUAUAAGGAACCGACGCUUACAAAACUGCCAGAAAUUUUCAGCCGGCUGCAAAACUUCUAUGCAGAUAGAUUUGGUCCAGAUGUGGUUCAGAUUAUAAAAGAUUCAAAUGCGGUUGAAGUUACCACCCUAGAUCCGGAGAAAGCUUACAUACAGAUCACAUACGUCGAACCUUACUUUGAGACGUACGAAUUACGCUAUCGGGAGACCUAUUUUGAACGAAAUUUCAACAUCAAGCGCUUCAUAUUUGCAACACCCUUCACUAAAACUGGAAAGGCACAUGGCGAGUUGCACGAGCAGUGCAAGCGAAAAACUAUCGUAACUACGGCCAACCAUUUCCCUUACGUAAAAACCCGCAUCCAGGUAGUGCAUCGGCAGCAAAUCGUUCUUGAACCCAUUGAAGUGGCUAUAGAGGACAUACAAAAAAAGACCGCAGAGCUAGCAGCGGCUACCACGCAAGAACCGGCAGAUCCAAAAAUAUUACAAAUGGUGCUUCAAGGAUGCAUUGGUACUACCGUUAACCAGGGUCCAAUGGAAAUGGCUCUCGUAUUCCUUUCCAGCAUUGCAAAUGGAAACACGAUACCUACGAAGCACCAAAAUAAGCUACGGCUUUGUUUUAAAGACUUUUCCAAAAAGUGUGCUGAUGCGCUGAAGAAAAAUCGCAACCUAAUUCUUCCCGAUCAAAAAGAUUACCAAAAGGAAUUGGAACGAAAUUAUCAGGUAUUUACCGAGAAGCUUGCUCCGCUGAUAACCAUCAGUCCAUCGCAGGUACAAGGGCUGGUAGCAAUUAAAAAUGAUAUUAAUAGCACCAAUCGCCUAACGUGUUCACUGCGUUUUUAAAAGGCCUCAACAAACGUUUGCUCUCUGCAUAUUUACUCUAGCAGCACGAUGCUCUCUUCGCAUGUUUAUUAAUUACUACGAAUUAUUUGUCAACACCGAAAUGUAACCAAAAAUUAUAUCAUUAUUAUUGUAAGUCGAUUGUAAGUUACGUCCUGAAUAAGCCACCUUAAAAGUGUCUGCUUAUUCCGUUCUGAACGCCCUGGUGGUGUUUAAAAAAUUGCGUAUACAGCACUUUGUCUCAAAAGCAAUUAAGGUGAAUAUUCAAGACUGGUCAUAAACACAAAAAUGAGGAACAUCAAUCAUAGACAACAAAUGCUCUCUAUUUUAUGAAAGCCUAGGUAUACGCAUUAUAGAAUGCAGAAUAUUUUGUUCUUAAACUUUCCACUCUUGUUUCGUUCUGUUUUGAAUUAGAAAGUGCCAAAGAUUUUAAAAUUACUUGAGCUUAAGCGUUAUGCUCUCUAUAUCUGUAUCUGCAUUAACGUAAUAUGGCACUACUGGCAUUUAUAUGAGCGCACAUUUAUUGUUUGAUGUAAGUAUGACAUUAAGCACAAUAUGAAAUACCUCUUCAAAUGGGUAAUAUAGUAUCGUGCCCAUGUAUGUCCUUUUCUUUAUAUCAGUGUGAAUGUGUUGAUGAUGAUCCACAAAAAAAUAAUAAUUUACAUAUUGUUUAUCUACGGCAAUAUUUUACACCUUAGCAUGAUACUUAUUAGGAUCAAAAUAUUUUCUCUUCUAUACGAUAUAAAUAAGUAAAUA